GAAAAAACUCAGUUGAAACCAUUUCAGGGUUUUUCUUUUUUCGUUUGACCCAACAACCCCAAUCGAAGAAAAUCGAAAUUACACAACUUUCUCUAUCUCCAAAUCAGUUUGAAGAGAAACAGAGGAAAGAUAAAAAAACCAAAACAAAUGUAACCUUGCUCGAUUUCAAAAGAUUAAACUCAAAAACCAAAGAUGUCGAAUUUCAAAUCCAAUCUCUCUUUCUUCUUCCUACAUCUCCUCACUCUUCUUCUUCUGGGGUUUCUCUUAAACCCUGUAAUUUCCGAUUCGAGAGGAGAGACGGUGGCUCAGAUAUGCAGCAACAGAACAACGAUUCCGCAGCAGAGAAGUCUCUUCGUCACCAGUUUCCUCGCCGCCAUGGACGCCGUCUCACCACUCGUUGAAGCCAAAGGCUACGGCCAAGUGGUCAACGGCACCGGAAACUUAACCGUCUACGCUUACGGAGAGUGUAUGAAAGAUCUCGAUAAGAAAGAUUGCGACUUGUGUUUCGCUCAGAUCAAAGCUAAAGUCCCUCGUUGCCGUCCAUUUCAACGAGGCACUCGUGGUGGUCAAGUCUUCUCCGAUGGUUGCUACAUCAGGUAUGACGACUACAAUUUCUUCAACGAGACCUUAAGUUUGCAAGACCGGACGGUUUGUGCAGAGAAGGAGAUAACCGGAGUAAACCGGACUCUGUUCCGGGAUAACGCGGCGGAGUUAGUGAGGAAUAUGAGCGUGGAGGCGGUGAGAAAUGGUGGAUUCUAUGCUGGCUUUGUGGAAAGACGUAACGUGACGGUUCAUGGUUUGGCUCAGUGUUGGGAGCCUCUUAAUCGCAGUGGAUGUGUUGAGUGUCUUAGGAAAGCUUCAGAGAAGAUUGGUUCUUGUUUGGAUAAAGAAGAAGGUCGAGUUCUUAACGCUGGCUGUUAUAUGAGGUUUUCUACUCAAAAGUUUUACAACAAUUCUGGAAACUCCACAUCAGAUGGAAACGGUGGUCGUAACCGUUUGGCUGUGAUUUUGGCGGUUACAUCUUCGGUGGUGGCUUUUGUUUUGUUGGUCUCUGUCGCUGGUUUCUUGUUUAAAAAGAAACGCGCCAAGAAGCAAAGAGAGAAGAAGCAACUAGGGUCACUAUUCAUGCUUGCCAACAAAUCUAAUCUCUGUUUCUCCUAUGAGAAUCUCGAGAGGGCCACCGAUUACUUCAGCGACAAAAAUAAGCUAGGACAAGGAGGAUCUGGUUCUGUAUAUAAGGGAGUUCUAACUAACGGUAAGACUGUUGCGGUGAAGAGACUGUUCUUCAACACAAAACAAUGGGUGGAUCAUUUCUUCAACGAAGUCAAUCUAAUAAGCCAAAUCGAUCACAAGAACCUUGUGAAGCUCUUGGGAUGUAGCAUAACUGGACCGGAGAGUCUUCUUGUAUAUGAGUACAUUGCGAAUCAAAGCCUCCACGACUAUCUUUUUGUAAGGCAAGAUGUUCAACCUUUGAAUUGGGCGAAGAGGUUCAAGAUUUUACUUGGCACAGCAGAAGGAAUGGCGUAUCUUCACGAAGAGUCGAAUCUGAGAAUCAUACAUAGAGACAUUAAGCUGAGUAAUAUACUUUUGGAACAUGAUUUUACUCCGAGAAUCGCUGAUUUUGGAUUGGCUAGAUUGUUCCCUGAGGACAAGACUCACAUCAGCACUGCCAUCGCCGGUACACUAGGUUAUAUGGCGCCAGAAUAUGUGGUAAGAGGAAAACUGACUGAGAAAGCAGACGUUUACAGUUUUGGAGUUCUUAUGAUUGAAGUUAUCACAGGAAGACGUAACAAUGCCUUGUCACAAGACGCUAGUUCGAUUCUCCAAACGGUAUGGAGUUUGUACGGAACAAGCAAUCUGACUAAGGUAGUGGAUCCAAUUUUGGGGGAUAAUUUCAACGAGAUCGAAGCGUCGCGGUUGCUUCAGAUCGGGCUGCUCUGCGUUCAAGCAGCGUUUGAUCAGCGGCCUGCGAUGUCUGCGGUUGUGAAAAUGAUGAAAGGGAAUUUGGAGAUUCAAACGCCGACGCAACCGCCGUUUCUGAAUCCAGGGAGUGUUGCAGAGAUGAGAAAGAUGAUGUCUCACUCUCACACGACGGAUUCUCAUCAGCAAGAUCAGACUCAAUCUUCGGGUUCGAGGAGUAACAUCAUAUCUGAGAGUUUCUUCGAACCUAGAUGAGCUUUAGAAUCGGUUUAUAUCAAAAUCGUUUUUGAUGGAUUCUGGAAUCUGUGUUAUAUGUACAGAAACUGAGAUGUUAAUUAAUCGUGUGUAACUAAUUGAGGGUAACGUAUGAGCCACGGCAAUGUCUUAUAAGCUAGGAAGUGGACACUGUUUAGAGCUCACAUGGUGGAGGGCAGACUCCGGUUUAGUCUCUUUUUAUGAUUCGGUAGCUUUGUUUUUAGAUUAUAAUCAUAGUAAGAUUAAGAUUACAACCGUUUUUUAAUGUUUGUUACCGUUUGUUGUGUGAUUGUGUCUGUUCUUGAUUUGUAUGUUAGGUUAUAAUA